GGCGCGUCCGCAGUCCGCGGGCGCUGCGGGCGGGGUGGGGACAAGAUGGCGGCGGUGCGGGCCGUGUGCGUGAUGCGGGGCGAGGGGGCUGUGCAGGGCGUCAUCCACUUCGAGCAGCAGGGUACUGGACCGGUGAAAGUCACUGGGAAAAUCACUGGAUUGGCCGAUGGAGAGCACGGCUUCCACGUCCAUGAGUUCGGUGACAACACCAAUGGGUGCACCAGUGCUGGCCCUCACUUCAACCCAGAGCGGAAGCAGCAUGGGGCUCCCAGCGAUGCUGAGAGGCACGUGGGAGACCUGGGCAAUGUGACUGCCAAAGGAGGUGUGGCCGAGGUGGAGAUCCAGGAUUCUGUCAUUUCCCUCUCCGGACCACACUGCAUCAUUGGCCGUACCAUGGUGGUGCAUGAGAAGCGGGAUGACCUGGGCAGAGGGGGAGAUAACGAGAGCAAGUUAACUGGAAACGCGGGGCCGCGCCUGGCCUGCGGAGUGAUCGGGAUCGCCAAGAGCUAAGUGUGGUACCUGCAGUGCUCUUCCAUUGCUGCUCUUGCCCUUCCUCAAGCUCAAGAUCUGUCACUAAUGUCCUGCUCCUCUGCAUCCCAAGCGGCACUCAACACGCUGGAGACUGACCGAGUUUUGUAUGAUGUACGUUCAAUUAAAGUGUCCCUGAUGGAACGGC